UUUAUCCAUUUAAUAAAUGUUCGAAUACACUACCAUUCUGUUGUAAACAUAAACGGAGCCGUUUCUGAAAAUUUAUAAUGGUAGAUAACAAAACUCGCCGAGGAAUAUUAUUGCAGGCUCUUUUUACUUUGUUUUUCAUAUCCUCUCGAGUUGUCGGAGCUUCUUUGUAUACUACAUUUUUCAAAUAACCCCACAAGUAAAAAUCUGGUGAAGUUAAAUCUGGAGAACGUGGAGGCCACUUUGAGGAAAGGCAAGGGGACUCCCGUUAAACAAGCACCCCGAAGUGAGAGGCAAGGGGACUCACGUUAAACAAGCACCCCGAAGUGAAAGGCAAGGGGACUCCCGUUAAACAAGCACUCCGAAGCGAGAGGCAAGGGGACUCACGUUAAACAAGCACCCCGAAGUGAGAGGCAAGGGGACUCACGUAAAUCAAGCACCCCAAAGGGAUGAAAGCCCCGCCACGUCCACGUCGUUCAUCCUGGGUAACGCUAGGUGCAAUUUCAUGCAAGCGAAGAAAAGCUAGCGGUUACCCCCACUUCAUCGAUUUCCGACAUUGAGCGAAGACACGCUCGAAGUUCGAUAUGGUCGAACUAUUAGCGAAGCAACGCUCAACGCCGACAACAGUGAGUGAGUGAGUGCGUCCCGUAGAAAAUUUUUUUGUGGGUUAGGUUGCUAAUUAAAUAAAAGCUAAAAAUUAUAAAUAUGGCUGAAGGGACCGAUGAAUGUUUCACAGCGCCAGAAAAUACAAACGAAAAUCUAUUAAAAUCCUACACCUGUGGUAUGUGCGAAACCAUUUGUAAUAUAAAUAAAGUUAAUGAUCAUCCUUGCAUGAAAGGAUACAAUAACGUUUACAUUGAUAAAAAUUUAUAUACAUAUGUAUCCUCAAAGCGCUGACGGAAAAAUUAUUCGGAGAAGUUUGGUGAACAGUAACGAGGUGAUCGUGAUGGAGACCACCCAAAUCCAAAACCGAGAGACCAAUAGCAAUUGGCAAAACCAAAAAGUUCUACAAGAGGAACAGCUCAUCGAAGAAAUUCGCAAACGUCCUGCGCUGUGGAAUUUCAAGCUUCCGCUUUCAGAACGAGGCUUGCAAGCAAAAAAGAAGCUGUGGGAGGAAAUAUUUACAGCAAUGAACGGUACAAUGGACAUUGCAAUAAUGAAAAAGAAAUGGAAAUCGCUGUGCGAUUCUUACAGAAUCCAUAAGAAUAAACAGCACCAACCGAGUGGCUCAGCGGGGACGCGAAAAAGUAGCUGGGUGCAUUUUGAGCAAAUGCAAUUUCUUCGCGAUGUGCAGUCUGAAACCGAAACUACAACCAAUAUCCCGGCGACCGAAGGUCACGAAGAAUCUAACGACAGUAUAAAUAGUGAUAGCAUUUGUUUUGAUGGCGGCAGCAGCAGCAGUGGUCGUGGAUCACGUCCUGUAGGUAAUAACAAGCGUCGCCUUAGUGUGGAUGAUGAGAGUAUGUUUGACCGAUUUAUAGAUGCCCUCGGUCAACCACCCGUAAUCAACAUACCGCCGUUUACACCUUCUUUACCAACAUCACCGACUGAUGAAGCACAGUUAUUUGGCAAUCUCAUUGCUACUCAGCUACGAGAAAUGGAUCCUGAUAUAAUGGACGAUACUAUGGUGCAAGUGAUGCAACUCAUAAAUAGCGCAAAGCGAAGAAAGCGUAAAUAAACACGUUUUGUAAAUUCUAACGUACGCGCAGCCUUCUGAUUUGAUUUUUAUUAUCACUGCCAUGUUUCGCAUUUAAAGGGGCGGCGGGCGAGAGAGAGAGAGACAGGCCGAAACAUUUUUUUGUUAUACAAUAUAAUUGUUUAUUUAUUUUUUCGCAGCAAAAUACGUUGUGUGCCUAGAAAACAUGUGUAUUAUUAAGUUAAUUACGUAGAACAAUAAAAGAUAUAUAUUUAUAUACUCCAAUUGUAUUAAUAAUUACACACGCGUGUCCUGGCUGAUUCAACCUCAACCUCAACUCUUGCAAUAAGUUACUAUAAUAUAAUAGUUUUAAUAUAAGUUU